AUGGGCAUGUCAGACGGCAUCGACGAGGCAAAUGGCUGCACUGCCAUGAGCCGGAAACGUUCAAAUUCCCGAGCGCGUAAUUCUAGGCCAACAACACCGCUCCGACCGUCCUCACGAUCCUCCUUUCGAGACUCUGCCCGCAAUGUCCGUGGCGGUGGUGCGGAGUUUCCGCUGAAUGCCUUUGAGCCUGCUUUCGCAGAACUUUCAGACGCUAUGGCUGAUCUUGAGGCCAACAUGAUGCAUUUUCAACUUAUGCACGAAAGUCUUGCUCGCUUCAGCGAGUCGUUUGCUAGUUUUCUCUAUGGGCUCAACAUGAAUGCGUUUUGUGUCGACUUCCCAGAGGGACCCAUUGCUGAAUCAUUUGCACGAGACCGCCAUGAAGAAACUUCGGCUGAGGGCACCACCCGCCUGGAGACUGAUGUUGAAGCCACCUUUAUGACUACGGACACCUCUUUUGUCGAUAACCCACCCACUACAACGAAAAAAUAUGCCAAGCCCGGAGCCGUCGAAACUCGUCAAUCCCGUCUGCCUUUUGCACGUGGUACAAAUACGAGAGGGAGGGCAAAUACUCGAGAUAGGGCUCGAUCAAGUGGCCUCGCAAGAGGUCGCGGUCGCGGUCGAGGCAUAAAAUAG